UUUCGCAGGGGCCGCGCCCCGGGCGGGCACAGUUACCGCUGCACCGAUAUGGCGGCAGCCGCACUGGGGCAGACUUGGGCCCGAAAACUUCUCCCUGUCCCUUGGCUUCUGUGUGGUUCCAGAAGAUGCGUCUCCUCCAGCUUCAAGGCUACAGACCUACAUCUGGAAAUGACACAAGAGCCUCAUAAGAAGCCCAACCCCAGCGAGCCCCUGGUGUUUGGAAGUACAUUCACCGACCACAUGCUAAUGGUGGAAUGGACCAGGGAGAAGGGCUGGGGCCAUCCCCAAAUCAAGCCCUUCCAGAACCUCACGUUGCACCCGGCCUGCUCAGGCCUCCACUACUCCCUGCAGCUCUUUGAAGGCAUGAAGGCGUUCAAGGGCCAGGACCAGCGGGUGCGUCUCUUCCGACCGUGGCUCAACAUGGACCGCAUGUUGCGCUCAGCCCAGCGCCUCUGCCUGCCGAGUUUCGACAAGGUCGAGUUACUCGAGUGUAUCCGCCGGCUCAUCGAAGUGGACAAGGACUGGGUUCCGGAGGACCCUGGCACCAGCCUCUAUGUCAGGCCGGUGCUCAUUGGCAACGAGCCCUCGCUGGGUGUCGGCCUCUCCACGCAAGCCCUUCUCUUCGUCAUCCUCUGCCCCGUGGGCUCAUACUUCCCCGGAGACGCCGUGACCCCUGUCUCCCUCCUGGCGGACCCAACCUUUGUGAGAGCCUGGAUGGGCGGGGUUGGCGACUGCAAGCUUGGGGGGAACUACGGGCCCACGGUGUUUGUGCAGCAGGAGGCGAAGAAGAGGGGCUGCCAGCAGGUCCUCUGGCUGUACGGACCCGACCACCAGCUCACCGAGGUGGGCACCAUGAACAUCUUUGUCUACUGGACCCACGAGGAUGGGGUACUGGAGUUGGUGACUCCCCCACUGGACGGUGUUAUCCUGCCUGGAGUCCUCAGACAGAGCGUGCUGGACCUGGCUCAGAGCUGGGAUGAGUUCCGGGUUGCCCAGCGAAAGGUCACCAUGAAGGAGUUGCUGCGGGCGCUGGCGGAGGGGCGGGUGCGCGAAGUCUUUGGCUCAGGCACCGCUUGCCAGGUCUGCCCGGUGCACAAAAUCCUGUAUCAAGGCAAGCAACUUCACAUUCCCACCAUGGAAAAUGGGCCUGAGCUUAUCCUCCGCUUCCAGAAGGAGCUGAAGGCUAUUCAGUACGGAACAAGAGCCCACGAGUGGAUGCUCCCGGUGUGACGCUGCGGGCUAUGCUCCACCACCCUCGGAUCCACUGACGUGUAGCGUUUAGCUCCUGCCAGCCCUCGCCCACUUCCCACCAAUGACGCACUUGAAGUGCAAUAUGAAAGAAAAGACCGGUUGCCGGGCCGCCUGAGUCUCGGGCGCCCCCACGUGGUAGCUACAUCCCAAAGCCAUAAGGGCUGGACCCAGGCGUCCUGGCCCCUAGCCCCUCCUCUCGGGCCUCGGGGAUUUGUUCCCCCACUGCGCCAUGUCGUGUGGUCAAGACUCAACAUCUCUCCGUUCUCUGGCCGGAGCCCCCGGUGCUGCCGUUGAUUUUCUUUCUUGCUGCAAUUUUGAAAUAAAA